AUGGUAAUAAUUGGUGGGUUUUGUUUUCCUUACUCAAGAGAGAUACAGAAUCUACUCACAGAAUUCUCUGAUUCAGAAUCAAUUGCAGAGUUUCAGUUAAAACUGGGUGAUUUUGAGUUACAUGUGAUGAGGAACUUGAAUGGGAAAAGCACGCCACCUCCUCCAAUAACUGCACCUGCUGUCACUGUCACUAUCUCUACAGCUGCUGAAACAACAUCCUUAGCCCUCGGUAAACCAUUAGUGACCCCUUCUCAAAAAGAUGCAUUGCUUGCUAGAGCUGCAGAGGAAGGUUUUGUUGUAAUUCAGUCCCCUCGGGUUGGCUUUUUUAGGAGAUCUCGUACUCUUAAAGGAAAGUGCGGUCCACCAUCUUGUAAAGAGAAUCAAGUAGUCCAUGAGGGCCAAGUUCUCUGCUACGUUGAUCAGCUUGGUGGGGAGAUGCCUGUUGAGGCUGAUGUAUCGGGAGAAGUUGUCAGCAUAUUGCUCGAAGAUGGAGCUCCUGUUGGAUAUGGCGAUCGCUUGAUUGUCAUUCUGCCUUCUUUCCCUGGCGUUAAAGAGUUUCCGUAGAUUAUAGGUUGUAGCCUAAACCUUAAUAUGUACCUUAUUAUGCUCAUUUUCAAUUUUGAAGAAAGUAGAUAGAUUGUACAGGGAAUUGGUCAGAAUGUAGAUC